AUGGCCACAAUACCGCAUAACACAACCAUACUACCACACUACCACACUCGCCACACCAUUAACAACCACACUUCCCGCAAUACAUGGACUACAGCAACCACAAUACCACAGCACAUCACCACAUCAACCACACUACCACAUCAUCGCGGCAUAACCUCAGUACAGGACCAGAACAGCCACACUACCACAGCACCGCACCAUAACAACCACAGCACCACAUUGCAGGACCACAACAACGACACUACCACACUACACCACCACAACAGCCACAAUACCACAUUAUACCACCACAACAACCACACUACACCACCACAGCAAGCACACUACCACACUACACCACCACAGCAAGCACACUACCACACUACACCACAGCAAGCACACUGCCACACUACACCACCACAGCAACCACACUACCACACUACACCACCACAGCAACCACAAUACACCACCACAGCAACCACACUACCACACUACACCACCACAGCAACCAAACUACACCACCACAACAGCCACACUUCCCGCAAUACAGCACCACAGCAUGACACACCAUCACCGAGCGGAGGCAGGCAGCGGGAGAGGCCGUAUAUAGACAUAAUGACGAGAGAAUAA